ACGACGAACGACUCAGAAGGCUUCAAUAAAAGCAAAAAAAAUGGCGAGAACGCCAACUGGUGAGCGGACCGACGCCCCGCUGCCGGCCCUCCCUGGCCCGGAGCAGCACCAAAAAGCUCAGGGCAGCACAGCGCUGCGCGAGCUAGGACGAGAGAUCACGCAGCUAGUGGAGAUGCUCGAGGAUGGCAAGAGGCGAUCCAUACACCAACCCAUGCGGGACUCGAUCGAGAGCAUAAGGGUGCUGUAUGAGCUGGUUGCUAUCCAGCUGCACGACGAAGGAGCUAAGGCGGUGAUCAGGACCCACCAGUCCUCUCAGACGUCACCGAUUUUCAGACAUCUCCCGGAGCCUAAGAGGAAACAGGCUGCAGGUGCACCAACACCCCAGACAAAGAGGACCAAGGCAGCGGUCGAGGUCCAGACCACACCAGGAGUAGCAGUUGAAAAGGACGCCCACGCUGAAAGGGAGAGAAAGGAGCCGGAGGGGACGCCAUUUCUGACGGUGACCAACCGGCGCAGAAGGAAGAGGCCGCAAAAGCCGACGGGAGUGCUCGCGGACAAGACGCGACCAGACGCCAUCGUCAUUGCCACCAAAGGUGAAAAGACCUAUGCAGAGAUACUGCGCAAGGUUAGGACGGACGAAACCCUGCGUGGACUCGGUGAUGCGGUCGCCAGGAUCAGGAGGACCCAAAAAGGAGAGCUACUUCUACAGCUCAACAAGUCGGGAGAGGAGACGGAGACGUUUAAAAGCCUGGUAGCUAAUACGCUGAAGGAGCACGCAGAAGUCCGUAGCCUGUCGCACCGGGCGACCGUAGAGUGCAAGGACCUGGACGAAAUAACCACCACGGAGGAUAUAUGCGAAGCUCUGAGAAGCCAGGUGGAAUUGGCGGAGCUGUCUGCGGAUGACAUCCAGCUGAGAAAGGCAUACGGCGGAACCCAGACGGCCACAAUCAGGCUGCCAGCGGAGAGCGCUCAAAAGGCUCUGAAAAUAGGAGUCCUAAAAGUAGGCUGGGUAAGAUGCAGACUGCGUGAGCGAAUCAGCGUCACCAAAUGCUUCAGAUGUCUCGAGUUUGGGCAUAUGGCACGACAGUGCAGUAGCAAAGUAGAUAGGUCCAAGCUGUGUAGAAGAUGUGGAAAGGAGAACCACCUGGCAAAGGACUGUAGCCUGGAAUCACAGUGCAUGCUCUGCAAGGGAGCGAGCGCAGACUGGAAGCACGUGGCCGGCAGCGGUAGAUGCCCCCAGCUUAGGAACGCCCUGACUAAAAGAUCAGCAUGAGGUGUACUCAGCUGAACUUAAACCAUUGCGAAGCUGCUCAGUCUCUCCUGAGACAAGCAGUUAGGGAGAGGAAGACCGAAGUUGUGCUCAUCUGCGAGCCAUUCAGGGCGAUACCAGGAAGCGGUUGGACCAGCAGCAGUUGCGGCAAGGCGGCCAUCUGGGCCGUACAAAUCCACCCCCAGGAGAUAU